AACACAAAAUCAAUAUUACAAAUAUUGUAUGGUUCCCAUGUGUUCCAAUACAACUUAUAAAACGCCAGGAAAGAUAUUUAUUCAUGUGCCAAAGAUAAAACACGCCGUUUAAAAUGGUUGAAGGCAUGUAGAAAACAUGAGAAAGAUAUAUUACAGAAAACUACAGCCCACGUAUGUGAGGAUCAUUUUAAUCUUGAAGAAGACAUGGAUAACUAUGUUAAAUACAAGUUAAUGGGUGGUCAGAAGAAAAUGAAAAUUAAUGUAGUGCCUCAUAUAUUUGAUUGCCAGCAAAAUAGAAAAAAAUCGUUUGAAAAUAAUCCCACCACUGCAGCUAUGGAAGAAAAAGUUGAAAUUAAGGAUGAGUUUGUUGGAGAAGACUCAAGAUGUCCAAAAAGUCACCCAUCCACAUCACUUGAUCUGGGAUACUUCGAGAAUGAACCAGAAGGUAAUUCAGAUAAGACAACUAAUAGAACAGUAGUUCAAACACAAAAUCAAUAUUACAAAUAUUGUAUGGUUUUAAUGUGUUCCAAUACAACUUAUAAAACGCCAGAAAAGAUAUUUAUUCGUAUGCCUCAAGAUAAAACACGCCGUUUAAAAUGGUUGAAGGCAUGUAGAAAAAAUGAGGAAGAUAUUUUACAGAAUACUAAAGCCCACGUAUGUGAGGAUCAUUUUAAUCUUGAAGAAGAUAUGGAUAACUAUGUUAAAUACAAGUUAAUGGGUGGUCAGAAAAAAAUGAAAAUUAAUGUAGUGCCUCAUAUAUUUGAUUGCCAUCAAAAUAGAAAAAGAUCAUUUGAAAAUCAUCCCACCACUGCAGCUAUGGAAGAAAAAGUUGAAAUUAAGGAUGAGUUUGUUGGAGAAGACUCAAAAUGUCUAAUAAGUCACCCAUCCACAUCCCUUGAUCUGGGAUACUUCAAUAAUGAACCAGAAGGUAAUUCAGUUAUGGUUGUAAAAGCUGAAAUUAAGGAAGAAUUUGUUGAAGGUGCCCCAAGAUAUAUAAAAAGUGAGUUAUCUACAUCUCUAGAUUUGGAAGACUUAAAGCAUGAACCAGAUGAAUAUAACUCAGGCACCAUUAAAGAUGAGAGCAUAUCGGAAACUAUGAAAGCUAUACCUAUACAUUCGUCUAAUUUGGAACAACUUUUGCUGAGCCCAUUUGUUGAAGAAAAAAUAUUAAGAUGUGAAAUUUGUUUUAAGCAACUUGCCAAUAGGAAUUUAUUAAAGGUACAUAUGAGAAUUCACACUGGAGAAAAGCCUUACAAGUGCGAAACUUGUUCUACCAAGUUUACUAGACCAGCUAAUUUGAAACUACAUAUGAGAUUGCACACUGUAGAAAGGCCUUAUAAGUGCGAAACUUGUUCUACCAAGUUUACUAGACCGUCUCAUUUGAAACUACAUAUGAGAUUGCACACUGGAGAAAGGCCUUAUAAGUGCGAAAUUUGUUUUAAGCGGUUUACUACAGCAGGUAACUUGCGAAUUCAUUUGAGAUUUCACAGUGGCGAAAAACCUUUCAAGUGUGAGAUUUGUUUUAAACAGUUCAUACAAAAAUGUCGUUUGGAAUAUCAUAUAAGAUCGCACACUGGGGAAAAACCUUACAAGUGCGAAGUUUGUUUGAAGCAGUUUCAUGCUUCUACAAAUUUAAAGAAGCAUUCGAGAUUGCACACUGGAGAAAAACCUUACAAGUGCGAAAUUUGUUGUAAAGAGUUCGCACAAGCAAAUCACUUGAGCCGUCACAUGAGAUCGCACACUGGGGAAAGACCUUACAAGUGCGAAAUUUGUUUUAAGCAAUUUACUACAGGAAGUAACUUAACAAGUCAUUCGAGAAUACACACUGGCGAAAAACCUUACAAGUGUGAAUUUUGUUUUAAGCAGUUUUCUCAGAUAAGUCAUUUGAGGAGUCAUUCGAGAGUGCACACUGGAGAAAGGCCUUACAAGUGCGAAAUUUGUUUGAAGCAAUUUAUUACAACAGGCAACUUGACAAAUCAUUUGAAAGUACACACUGGCAAAUAA